AUGGCACCAAAACAUUCCAGCAAAAUUGGAAAGAAAACCAUCUCCAGUACUCUUGGCCAGGGUGAAUUAGUGUUCAACGGAGGAUAUUUAGGAUUAUCUGGCGAAAUUGUUGAAAUAUUUUGUGAAACAUUCAAACCACACAUUGAAAAACAUGUUCCGAAGGAAUAUCAGAAAAAGAAGGAUGAUCGGGAUAAAUCAUCUCAUCACCAUAUUACUUUAAUGUUGAAGGAAGAUGUCAAAAAAGCUUUAGAAGCGUUGCCAAAUGUAUUUCCUGAUUUUUUACCUCCAAAUGCAAACGCAGAGUCACUGAACAUUGAGCAUUUGCUGAAUGUGAUGGCACAAAAUGUGAAUUUUUCGGAAAUCAAAUGUCUAGGAAUUGGAAGACAAGCGAAAGGUUCUGAUGAGACGUUAUUUUUGGUUGUCGAAUGGCCUAGUGCCAAUUCGUUUUUACAAAAGGUUAACGCAACUACGAGAGAUUUUCAUAUUACAUUAGGAUUCAAAGACAAGGAUAUUCAUGGUGUCGCAAAGAAUUAUACGACUUUAUUGAAAUAA